AUGGCUUCCUCACUGAGACUGGGAAGCUCUGCUCUCCGCUCUUCCCUUGCUACCAAGCCUAUACAGUCCGCCGCCAUGAGUGGCUUGCGCUGCUACUCUGCUGGCAAGGCCAAGUCUCUCAAGGACACCUUCGCCGAAAAGAUCCCCGGCGAGAUUGAGAAGGUCAAGGCUCUUCGCAAGGAGCACGGUUCAAAGGUCGUCGGAGAGGUCACCCUAGACCAGGUCUACGGUGGUGCUCGUGGAAUCAAGUCCCUUGUUUGGGAGGGUUCCGUCUUGGACUCCGAGGAGGGUAUCCGUUUCCGAGGCCGUACUAUCCCAGAAUGCCAGCAGGUGCUUCCUAAGGCCCCAGGUGGAGAGGAGCCCCUUCCUGAAGGUCUUUUCUGGCUGUUGCUCACCGGCGAGGUUCCCAGCGAGCAACAGGUUCGCGACUUGUCUGCUGAGUGGGCUGCCCGCUCCGACGUCCCCAAGUUCGUCGAGGAGCUCAUUGACCGCUGCCCUAACGACCUCCACCCCAUGGCUCAGUUCUCUCUCGCUGUGACUGCCCUCGAGCAUGAGUCUGCCUUCGCCAAGGCUUAUGCCAAGGGUAUCAACAAGAAGGACUACUGGCAGUACACCUUCGAGGACUCGAUGGACCUCAUUGCCAAGCUUCCCACCAUCGCCGCCCGCAUCUACCGUAACGUCUUCAAGGAUGGCAAGGUUGCCCCUGUCCAGAAGGACAAGGACUACUCCUACAACUUGGCCAACCAGCUCGGUUUCGCCGACAACAAGGACUUUGUUGAGUUGAUGCGCCUCUACUUGACCAUCCACUCCGACCACGAGGGCGGUAACGUCAGUGCCCACACUACUCACCUUGUCGGUAGCGCUCUCAGCUCUCCUUACCUGUCUUUGUCCGCUGGUUUGAACGGUCUUGCCGGUCCUCUGCACGGAUUGGCCAACCAGGAAGUCCUUAACUGGCUUCAGAAGAUGAAGAAGUCUAUCGGCAACGACCUUAGCGACGAGGCCAUCAAGAACUACCUGUGGUCCACCUUGAACGCUGGUCAGGUCGUCCCUGGUUACGGUCACGCUGUGCUCCGUAAGACCGAUCCUCGUUACGUGUCUCAGCGCGAGUUUGCCCUCCGCCAUCUCCCUGACGACCCCAUGUUCAAGCUUGUCAGCCAGGUCUACAAGAUCGCCCCUGGUGUCUUGACUGAGCACGGAAAGACCAAGAACCCCUUCCCCAACGUGGAUGCUCACUCCGGUGUCCUCCUCCAGUACUACGGUCUUACUGAGGCCAACUACUACACCGUCCUCUUCGGUGUCUCCCGUGCCCUCGGUGUCCUUCCUCAGCUCAUCAUUGACCGCGCUCUUGGUGCCCCUAUUGAGCGCCCUAAGUCUUUCAGCACUGAGGCUUAUGCCAAGCUUGUCGCUAAGCUCUAA